AACACAGCUAGCAUGUUUGGAUGAUCCAGCGUCCCGUCGGAGCAGAUUACUCCUAGAGAAGUGUUCAGAGUUGACUUUACUUGUCAUUUUUCUGUCUUUGGUCAGCGGAGGAUGUCCGAGUUUCAGGGUCUUCCAGUGCUUCCCUAUGAUGACCAGCAGCUGCUAGUGAGCAAAGAUGAGCCUCCUGAGCAGGAUUGGAGCUCCAGCCUGGAUCAAGAGGACACCAAGCCCUCACGCAUUAAAGAGGAACAGGAGGAACUGAGGAUCAGUCAGGAUGGAGAGCAGUUUCAAGGACAGGAGGAGGAAGCUGAUGUCAAGUUCCCAUUCAGCCCUGUUCCUACAAAGACUGAAGAGGAUGAAGAGAAACCUCAGUCUUUGCAGCUUCAUCCAAUAAAAACUGAACAGACAGAAACAGGAACUGAUGGAGAGGACUCGGGGGAAUCAGAACAAACUAUGGGCUCAGAUACAGAGAGAGAUUUACAUCCAGAGAUUGAGGUUGAGAUUGAAGAGUGUUCUGAAUCUGAGCCUGAGAUUGAAGGGUCUUCUGAAUCUGAGGCUGAAGGCAAUGAUCGGUGCACAACUGUUUAUCAGUCAGAUUUAAGCUCAGUUGAAAAACUUGAAGAUCAGGGACCAAAUGCUAAUGAGAAAUUGCGUAACUGUUUUCAGAGUGAUAAAAUGUUGAAAAAUAAAAAUAACCUGACUGGACGCGGUAAAAUAUAUCAAAAUAAAAACCAUCCGACAGAUCACAUAACAUCUGAUAAAGAAGAGAAGCCCUUCAGCUGCCCCCAUUGUGCCAAUCGAUAUAGAUAUAAACGUUAUCUGAAGGUUCAUUUGAGAACUCACACAGGAGAGAGACCCUAUAGUUGCUCUGAGUGCAGUAAAGGGUUCAUGCGUAGAGAAAACUUGACCAAUCAUAUGCUUCUUCACACAAGAGAAAAAACAUUUUGUUGCUCUGAGUGUGGAAAAAAAUUCCUUUUUCAAAGGCAUCUGAGGCGUCAUGAGAUCAUUCACUCAGGAAAGAAGCCCUUCAGCUGCUCUGAGUGCAGUAAAACUUUUAAUUUUAAAGCCUGUCUGAUUCAUCAUACUCGUCUUCAUACAGGAGAGAAACCCUAUGUUUGCUCUGAGUGUGGUAAAGGGUUUAUCCGCAAACAAACUCUAACCCAACAUAUGUUUGUCCACAAAGAAGAGAAACCUUACAGCUGCUCUGAGUGUGGUAAAGGAUUUACUCGUAAACACCAACUCACCAAUCAUUUGAGAACUCACACAGGAGAGAAACCCUUCAGUUGUUCUGAGUGUUGUGAAGGAUUUAUCAACAAAGAGGCUUUGAAAAAACAUUUGAGAAGUCACUUUACAGAAAAGACCUUUAGUUGCUCUGAGUGCGCUGUAAGUUUUGAGGAUAAAGCCGCUUUGAAUAGACACAUUGAAUUGCAUAUGUGGGAAAAGACAUGUAAUCUUCGGCCCUUGAGACCAAAGAUCCCCUUAGCCCACUCAGAUUUGAAGACAUAAAUGUUUUCGUAGUCAUGACUUGGAUCCAUUAAAAUGAAAACAAACUGAUCUAGAAUAAAGGCAUUAAAAGGAACUGAUGUAGAGGAUUAUGGGGAUAAGCGGAGCCAGGACUAGAGCCAGACAGACAUUUACUGCCAGAGAAGGUUGUCUUGGAGGACUUCUCUUAACCGGAAACUGAAGAAUAUCAUGAUAAUUUCACGAGAGUUUGUCAGUUUUCCCAGGAGACAUUAGGAAAUUCUGGUCAGUCAUAAUCAAUUCAACUUUAAGCUAACGUUACCCUCUUCUCAUGCCAUAUAUCCUCAUAGCUGGUUUCAUCCAAAAGUCCAAAACAAAUCAGCAGGUAUACCUGCCUGGACCAGUGGCUCUUAACUGGUGGGCAGGACUACCGAAUGGGUCACAGAGACCCUUUCAGUGGGUUGCGAAAGUUUUCAUGGAAAAUAACCAAAAAUUCAUACAAAGUAUGUUUUGAAGAUAUAUGUUUUGCUCUGUCUCUUAAUGCUGACACAUGUAUGAUAUCUUGGGUUCAAA